GUGAACGCGCUCGCGUCGCGCACACUGAGAUGCGCAUGUGGCUGUGGAGGAGCAGACGCAUCACCCGGUUUGCCUCUUUAACACUCCGCUGUCAGGACUCUGAGAAGAUCUAACCGUCAGAUCAAACUUUCAGGCUGAUCAGACCUGCACAGGCCGGGUCUGCUCGGAUUUACCGCACCGAGGCUGCAGCCAUGCCUCUUCUGGAAGAGACCACUCUGCCUCAAGAACAGCCACCAACCCUCCCUGUGGUCAUCAUAGGAAAUGGUCCAUCUGGUAUUUGUCUGUCCUACCUGUUAAGCGGAUACAAGCCCUACCUGGACACUGCAACUGUUCACCCAAACCCGAUUCUGUACAGGAAGCUCCAGGAAGCCAAGCACCUCCCCAUCACCGAACAGGAUUUGGAAUACUUGAGCGAAGGUCUUGAGGGGCGGUCAAGGAAUCCCGUGGCUGUGCUAUUUGAUACACUACUACACCCUAAUGCUGACUUUGGCUAUGAGUUCCCAUCAGUCCUCAAGUGGAGGACAGACAAGUAUCAACAAAUCCAACAUCUGGUUCUGGGAAAGGGAACACCUGGGGGAGCCUGGCAUGCAAUGGAAGGCUCCAUGUUGACUGUUAGUCUUGGCAUCUGGAUGGAGCUUCCUGGAGUCAACUACAGAGACUUGACCAAUGGGAAACGAAGAGAUGUAACAAGUGACAGAGCCACCCCAGAGGAGAUCUCAUCAUAUUACAAAGACUAUGUAAAGCUAAAGGGUCUGCAUAAGAAUUUUGUUGACAACACUUACGUGACCUCUGUUCAGAAACUUUGUCGGGGGCAUGAGUUGGAAGGUCUGCAAAAUGGGCAAGAAGAUCAAAGGGUGGUUGAUAGUGGGAAUGGGCGCUUUGAGGAUAAUGGCAAAGGGUGUGAAAACAAUGGAGGAGGCACUCUCUGGGAAGUCCGAGGUUAUCGGCAGGUACAGAGUGACACUCAUGUCCCAUUCUCCCUGUUUGCUGAGAACGUCGUCUUGGCCACUGGUGCAUCUGAUUCUCCAGUCCGAUUAGCUGUAGAGGGGGAAGAUCUGCCUUUUGUGUUCCACAGCAUCUCAGACCUGUGCUUCGCUAUAAGCCAGGGAAAACUGGAUGUGAACUCUGAUCCAGUUUUAGUUGUAGGUGCUGGCUUAAGUGCUGCUGAUGCAGUUCUGUGCGCAUGUAAUAGCAACAUUAGAGUGUUGCAUGUUUUCCGAAAGAACAUCGACAACCCAGACCUCAUCUUUAAGCAGCUUCCCAAGACCCUGUACCCAGAAUACCACAAAGUGUACAACAUGAUGUCUUCACAGACCUGUACCCAUGUGGCAUCCUGGCCCUCCUCUAACAGACCCCAGGCAGUUAGCAUCGCCUCUUCAGUAUGUGCCAAGAUGUGCCCUAAACCCCAGCUUUCUGCAGGGAGCAUUGCUGGAAAUUCUAGCCUCAGCCUCUUCCCUGAUUACACCAGUUUCCCCGAACACUGUGUGGUCUCGUUUCAGUCUGACAUGAAGUGUCUGCUACAAGGGGACAACUCCCUAAAGGCGUUCAAGAUCUCAAUGGCCCUGGUGCUGAUCGGGACCAACCCGAACCUGUUCUUCCUUAAAGAUCAGGGCCAGUACCUGGGACAGGAUCCGACAAGGCCGAUCUUCUGCAAGCAAAAUCCCAUUGACAUCAAUCCUUACACUUUUGAGUGCACCAAGGAGCCAGGGCUGUUUGCCAUGGGCCCGCUGGUGGGAGACAACUUUGUUCGAUUUCUGAAGGGCGGCGCUUUGGGCAUCGCCUCCUGUCUACUGAAAAGACUCAAGAAGAGAGAAAAGCUCAUCAGCAACGGAGGGAAAAACUUCAUUUAAUAAUGAUCCGGAAUCAUAAGUCUGGUCUUAACGUACAAAUUUCAUGGAGAAAAAAAAUUGGUACAAGUUUUUUAUCUACUUUGAUCAUUAUGCAGUGUUUUAUCAUCUGAGCAUAUAGGUUUUUUAUGUUUAGUCCAAAAAAACAGUGGAUGUACACAAGUUUCUAAUGAAACAAAAAACGACAGCUUUCAGGAGUCUUGUCUGACUUCAUAUGAAGUCUCUUUAGGUUCAGGAUACUGUGUGACAUAGUUUAUUGCUGAUUUGUCAUCUCAUAAUAUGGGACCUAGUUUUAAUCAAGGUUGUUUCUCCAUUCACAGGGUGUCUUCAGGCAGUCUACUAACACCAUUAGAGCUAACAUUCAAAGCACAGGACUUUAGAUUAUAUGUAUCCUGAUGCUCAUACCUGUAGACAUGUAAUACAUUAUAGCUGCUACAUUAACAUGCAAUCCCAUUUGCAAAACAUAUCAAGUAACAGUCAUGAGCGGUCUCUGCACCAUGACACAUCCAACAGAUGAACAAGACCUGAUACUACAUGUUAAUGUCUGAAAGAGGUCUUAAUGCCCAUGAUUAAUGAAGCUUUGCUUUCUAUUCCAGUACAUUCUCAUUUUUGCCUGUAUUGUAGGUAAUUAAAGCCAGUUUGGUAAAAUUAUUUUGGUGAUAUUACAACUUAAACGCUUUCUAUGCAAAUAAGAUACCUUGCAAAACUAUUCCUAACCCUUGAACAUCAUCACAUUUUGUCAUAGCUUCAAAGUGUUAUACUUAGAUUUUAUGUGCUAGAUCAACAUAGUUAUGAAACAGAGAAAAUUGGUUUUCGGAAAAGUGUGGCCUGCAAGUACAUUCAGACCCCUCUAAAUACUUCUUCAGGAAUCAUCUAUUGAAAAUGCAAUCUCAGAAUAAAGGUUUUCAGUGAAGGCCUUUGAGGUUUGUUAGAGAACAUGCAUGAACAAACAGCAUCAUGAAGACCAAGGAACACAGCAAACAGGUCAGGGAGAAUGUUGUAGGGAAGUUUAAAGCAGGGUUAGGUUAUAAAACAAUGUCUCAAACGUUCCAACAUCUCACAGAGCAACAUUCAAUUUAAUCUGAAAACUUAGAAUUUUACAAACAAAACUCAGAAAAAUGUAAAUGUGUGCAUUUAUAUUCAUCUCCCCAAACAGUCAAAAGUCAAAACAUCCACAAGCUGCUCUUCCAUAAUCCAGUUCAUUAAUCAAACUCUGCUUCCAUCUUCUUCACAUCAUUAUCCUCCACCUGUCUGCUCUGUUCCUUGGUCUUCAUGAUGCUGAUUGUUCAAUAACCUUCUAUAACUAUUCACUACUUACUUUUGAAGGCACUCUGUUGCACUGUUUGUGUAUCACAGUGAAGGUGGUGAAUAUAUGUGCAAUCCACACCUUUAGGACGUUUGUGUUGGUCUGUCACAUAAAAUCCAAAUUAAUGAGUUUUGUGGUUGUAGCGUGGCAAAAUGUAAAAAUAAAUUCAGUGGGCCUGAAUGUGUUUUCAGGUCCCUGUAAAAUCACUCACAGACCUGAAUGUAGAAUAUAAACCCACAAUCAGAUUCCCUGCUAGGUUCCAAGUACAAGUUUAAGGACAUAUAGCAAUUAUAAGCUUAUUCUGGUGUUUAAAUGUGCUUAUUGGUUGUGAGGUUUCAGCACGACAUGAACAAGAGUCUUUAAAGACAGACAAACAUUUAACAUCCGUUUCACCCUUUAACUUCAGCCUUUGAAAACACUUAAAAACAAUGUGAUCAACAUCCAGUCUAGAUGUUACAAUUACAGAACACCACUUUUUUUUUUUUUUACAUUUUAAGCAUAAUUUGUGCCUGAUCAUGCUAACCUAAAACUACAUGGAGAAAAUUUAAGCAGUUUAGACCUCAGCCUCUAAUUUUGUAAUUUUAUACAAAUUAUUUUAUUAUAACAGCUAAAGUCUAUCAUCUAUUAAUGUUGACCCACAAUUGCAGUAAAGAGUAUUAGUUCCCAAAGAAUGUGAAACAACACAAAUUAUAUGUUUUAAAUAUAACAUUCAUAAGAAUCUUUUGUAACUCAUGCUGAUUCCACAUUACUUUUGUCACUUACAUAUGUAUAUAGAAAUAUAUAUAUUUACAUAAUCUGUACCAUUUUCAAAACAGCAGGAAAAAGUAAAAUACUUCAUCAGGUGCCAAAAAGGGCGAUUUGGUGGCUGUCAUGAUACAGGUUCCUUUCAUUCAAACCUUUUCAUAUUCUCUGGUCAUUUUUUUGGCAACACGCACGACGCUGUAUCAGGUACAUCUAAAUUAAUUAGAACAUCUUCAAACUGUUUGUUUCAGUAACUCAGGUCAAAAGGUUAAACUCAUCACAGAGCGAUAUAUUUCAGUUUUUUCCCUUCUGCUAAUUGUGAUGAUAAUGGUUAACAGCUAAUAAAAAGAGAAAAUCCAGUUUCUCAGAAAACCUGUAUAAUGCUUAACACCAAAAACAGAAAACAUUUUUAAUACAGAAAUGUUAUGUCAUGACCAACACAGUCAGGGGGAAGACUGUUGACUUGAUAAUUGUCCAGCAGAAAGUCACCAACACCCUUCACAAGGAGGGUGCCACAAAAGGUCAUUGCUAAAGAAGCUGGCUGAAUCUAAGCACAUUGAUGGGAAGUUGAGUGGAAGGAAAAAGUGGAGUAGAAAAAGAGGGAAGAUCUACCUGUUAGUGUUCCACAGCAUCUCAGACCUGGACCUGGCUGUAAGCCUGGAGAGGGUUGUGAAGAAAAGCCCUUUCAAGAUUGAGGAAUAUCCACAAAGUUUGGACUGCGCCUUGAUUUUCUUUUUCAAAUCAACGUCCCAGAGUCUGGAGAAGUCGAGAGGCACAGAUUCCCUGUUCAAGUCCAGUGUGAAGUUUCCACAGUCAGUGAUGAUUUAAGGUGACAUGUCAUCUCUGGUGUUGGUCAGUUGUGUUUUCUGAACAUCAGCAAAGCCAUCUACCUGGAACUUUCAGAGCACUUCAUGCUUCCUUCUGUUGACAAGCUUUAUGGAGAUGCUGAUUUCAUUUUCUAGCAGGACUUGUGGGCUGCCCACUGCCAAAGGUACCAAAAGCUGGUUCAGUGACCGUGGUGGUACUGUGAUUCUCUAGAGAGAAUCCAUGGAGGAUUGUCGAAAGGAAGACGAGAGACACCAGACCCAACAAUGCAGAUGAAAGGAAGGCCGCUAUCAGAGCAACCUGGGCUUCCAUUACACCAUUACACUUAUGCUACGCCACACUGAUUCAGUAAGUCAUGCAUAAGAAGGCCCAACCAAGUAUUCAGUGCAUAUACUGAACAAAAGUUUACAUUUCUGCACUAAAAAUACUUCUUGGAUUCAUCUUAUGGGAUAUUCUAAUUUAUUUAGAACCUGUAUCCUGCGUUUUAAUUUGCUAAAGGCCAUUAUCAUCAAAAUUAACAGAAAUAAAUGUUUUAAGUAUAUCACUCUGUUUGAAAUGAAUUUAUGGAAUAUAUAAGUUUCACUUUUUGAAUUGAAGUACUGACAUAUAGUAACUUGUUGAACUCUGAUGUGACUUUUUAGCCCUGAUGUAGGGUCAACGUCUACCACUCAUUUAAAUUUGCUUAUGCAGUAUUAAAUAACCCUUUUUGUAGUCAAUUUAAUUCCACUAACACAUUAACACUUAAGUUCUUUUUUUAACCAAACCAACAGCCUUGUGCCAAUGUUAGCUGUGUUGUUAUUUUCAGCAAAAUUAUUUAACUCAAUACUUUCUUUUGUUUUAAUAUAAAAUAUAAAAUGUGUUAAUGCCGGCAUGAGCCACUGCCUGGCAGCGGCUGCUGAAGAGAGUGAGCGAGUUAUAGAAGAUGUGGGAAGAGUCAUGCUGGAGGAUGUAACUGCACAGGGACCGACAGACAAUAAAGUAGAAGAAUCCAGCCGAGACAUACUGCUUUUUGCAUGAUUUUGUUUUAUUAUUUUGUGUUAAUAUGUGAAGUUGAUACGUUAUCAGAAAUGUGCAUGGACUUCGACAAGAAACUCAAGCUGCAAAAGCUUCAAUAACACCCAGAACAUUUUUCUUCUAAAUUAGGAAAGAAAUGUUUAAAGCCAGUUUUCUAACUGUCUCGGCCACCUGUAGCCCAACUGAGAAGGAAAAAGCUUUCCUUCCCGUACAAUUCAGGCCAAAUGCUGACUUCUUUCUCAACUUUCACCAAGCACCCCCUCUUAAAAUAAAGAUUAUGUGCACAGAAAGGCCAAUCAUUGUUUGUUUGGCAAGAAAUCUAUAUAUCUGAGCUGUUGUCAAAAAUGGAAAAGUGCCUGAAGGGUCGAUCUGAUGGAGAUUGCUGAAGAAAAAGAAACACUUGAACCUUUUCUCAAGACCCUGGUUCCCCUCAAACCAGGAACUACACCUGACUUUAAAGCGAACGAGAAGCUGCUGUCAGCAUAUAGAAUGGAUUUUUGAUGUUUUGUAUUGAUUUUUUAUUAUUAACAAAUAAAAACAUUGUCAGAAAUCUCUGA